AACCACCGCGCCACCAGGGAAGCCCGUUGGCCAUUGUCUUUGAAGGCAAAGGCUUCCACCAACUGAUCCCAACUCAGCCAGGAUCUCCUCAGCUGGGUGAGCACUGACAGUGUUUCUAGAGCUGCUUCUGCUGGCUGAGGUCUUACCCUGUGACAAGAGGGAAACUUCCGCUCCUUGAGAGGGUGAACUAACUGAUGGACCCCUCUGGCUUUAAUCUUGCCGAGCGUAGUCACUAAGCCUGAUGCGGGCAUUUAGAAUCGCCGUUCAGUUCCCAUCUUGUUCUCCUUUCUUGGUCACCGAGAGGCAGCAUAGGUGGAUAGGGCUUUGGCAUCUAACGAGGCUCGAGUUUGAAUCCCAGUUCUGCAAACUUGUUAGCUUUGUGACCUUCAGCAAAUUACUUAACUUUUCAGAGCCUGGUUCUCCGUUUUCCUUCCUGUAAGCUGGGUCUAAUUGGCCCUGUCACACAGAAGACUGUGGUGAAAUGAGAUAAUAUAUGAAAAGCCCUUGAUGCUACCCUGAACACAGGGUGGACCAGCUGCUUUUCGAGAAGAGCCUUCAGACAGAUGCAUUUCAUCUUCUCAGAUGAGGUAGUGCUUCUCUUUGAUUUCUGGAGUGUCCACAGUCCUGCAGGCAUGGCCCUUUCGGUGUUGGUCAUCUUGCUCCUGGCUGUGUUGUAUGAAGGCAUCAAGGUUGGCAAAGCCAGGCUGCUCCACCAGGCCCUGAUGAGCCUGUCCAUCUCCACCAGCCAGCAGCUCAUCGAAGAGACAGACCAGAAUUCUUCAAGCUCAGACCCCACCCCAGUCAGCAGAACCCACCUCAGGUGGUUCUUGUGUCACUUCGGCCAGUCUCUACUUCAUGUCGCUCAGGUGGUCAUCGGCUACUUCGUGAUGCUGGCUGUUAUGUCCUACAACACCUGGAUUUUCUUCGGCGUGGUCCUGGGCUCAGGUGUGGGCUACUACCUAGCCUAUCCACUUCUCAGCAUGACUUAGCUGGUGACAGCUGUGCAGGCUCUGGGGCCUGGAGAGAGCUGGGGCCCCUCCUUCCAGACAUUGAACUUCCAGCCCCACGUCUCCUUUUUCUUCUGUUGGCUGUUCUCACGGCAUCCCCAGCUCCUGGACACUUUCAGCUGAAGCCAGCACUUGCUCCCUGGAGUUCAGGGGCCACUGCAGCUCCUCAGCCAGGCUGCAGAGGGCCCAGGCAUAGUCUUUCUGUGCCUUAAGAAGGGUGCUGUGAGCAGAGGGUGGAUGGAGAGACCAGAACCCGGGGGGCAGGUUUCAUGAUGAUGGCAGCAUCUGCUGGGACCUGUCUCCCUUUCUUGGGGAGAGAGUGACAGCAGACUAAAGGCACAGAAGCAGGACUGUCAGCAAGGCUUUGACCUAUCCUCCAAACAGAGUGAGCUCCUCCCAUCAGACAGCACUGCCUGCAGGAAGAUGAUACGUUAAUGGCUUUAGGUGUCAGGGAGCUCUUCAUGGCCUUAAUGCCCCCCUCUUAUCCUGAUCCUCCUUCUAUGCAAAACCAAGAACUGCACUGAAUAAUAUUCAAUGCAAAUGUUCUUUAUUUAUUAUUGCUCACCCAUAAUGAUCUGGUAGGGAAACAUGAUUCAUCCAUUUAAAAUACUGAGUAAGCCACAGUGGGUACUGACUGAAGAUGCAAUAAGCAGUCAAACCAAAGGAUUACACUAGUAGAGUUAGGUGGGGCUCUUCAGAUAUUUGAACCUUUUCACUUUAAAGAAAAGGAAAGAAUAGACCUAGGGAGAGAAAAUCACUGCUGUAUACUGUAAUGUCUACACUCAAGUACCUCAUGGGCUAGAUGAAAGAUGGUCUGAAGCUUUGAGAAUUUAAAAAAUAUAUUUUAAUAAAUAUAUAUUUUUAAAUAGUCUGUGACUGUUUUUCUGUUUCUCCUCAUUCACACAGCAAGCUCAUGUAACCCUGAUAACAACUGCAGGAGCUGAGUGGGGCCAGUGGAGCUGGUAGUGCUGGCAGUAGGGCUGUCCAAGGACUGAGUCUGUCUGUCUGCUAAGAGGACAACUCUGUGCUCAGCGAAACCCAGUCCUGAAACACCAUUCCCUCAGGCAGACACCCCCAGUGCCAGCCUAGUCAACAAACCAUUCUCUUGUGCAUGUAACAGACAUUGAUGGUGAACCUGCUAUGAGAAAAAUAAUUGUCACAUGGACUAUAAACGCCCAUGUCAGCACAAUUAUUAGCACCUUCUCUCCCUGAGGGCAGAAGCAAAAAUAUAUCAAAACCACUUUUAAAAAUUUACAAUAAGAAGUAGCUGUAACAGAAAGUAUAGCAUGUGACGCCUUCAGUAUUGAUCAGUGCAUUCUCCCCACAUAAGCAGGGAGUUAGUUAGAAAGCUGCUCAGCGUCACAACAAGUAGAAGAUUUCUUGUCUUGCUGAUGGAGGCUCCGGCAUCCACUUAUGUGUCCUGACCAGCUAAGGCUCCACCCCUGCCCUGGGGCACUGCUGAGAUAAGACUUUCCAUAGGUGACCAGCAACCUCUUCAGUUUGAGUCUCUUCAUUUUUAUUUUUAAAAAUAAAUUUAUUUAACUUUGGCUGCGUUGGGUCUUCGUUGC